UUAGCCAGACGCGCUGACCAACUCACUGGCGACGCGAGUGCCUUGGAAUACAAUAAAAAUACUUACGCUGUGAAUAUAAUAAAAGUCAAAUUAAACGAUAUAGUCGAAAAGUUUAACAAAUCGCACGACACUACUUCCGGCUUUAAAUACGAUUUGCACUCGAACACCACUUGCAUAAUACCGUCGUAAGGCGAAGGACGUCAAAAGAAAAAAAAAGGGUUUCUAAUGCUUUAAGCCGAUUUCCAUCUUAAAUGCACGUCAUACCCAAAAUAAUAGCAACAAAAUAGUACUUUUGUAUCUAUUCCAAUGGUAUAAGUCUACAAUGUAUGCAGCGCAGUGCUGUAGACAUAAAAUCUAACAUCAAAUUAUGGGUUUCCAAAUGUUUCAUCGCAGUGUCAAAACUGGGAACAAAUGUACUUUACCGGUAAACUAAGUACACCGAUUCUCUAAGAGUAUGUGCGCGUUGUUCGGCUGUUAAAGCGUUAAUACACAUCCAUCACGGAAAUUUAAGAAGACGGUCAAGUGUGUCAGCUAAUUGUCGUUUUUGAUCUGAUGAAAUAGCCGUUAUAUUAAUUAUACAAACUAUUUGAUAAAUCAAUAAACUGAUUGCUGAUAAGUUGGGAAUUUGAUCUGUUUGCUUCUCAGAGUAAUAAUUCUGCUUCCUAAAACGGGCGACAGUUUACCUCCACGCUGCGGCGUACCUCCAUCUGUGGCAAUCACUGUUAUCACACACACACACUAUCACAAAUCUGUCUAGAAAGUUUCAGCAUUGUCGUGCAGUUUGCAUUAAAAUCACAAUUACCUAUUAUUAUUAAAUGCAAGUUUUGUUUUCGAUAUUAAUUGAGAUUUCUUUUUCUACUCUCUCCUUUCUGUGAAUUAUAACUAGUUAAAUUAGAUUUAGUGCCAUAGUAACAGUUAGUUUUCAUUAUUGUUGCUACGGGUCCGAUUCGUGAGAUUCUUUAGAUUUUAAUCAUAAUAACUUAGUUGAAUUCUAUGAUAAAUAUUGUGUCGUGUUUCGUUAUUUUGUUUCAACUUGCGUUACGUUUGAGUUUCGUUUUGCAGUUAAUCAUUUUUAUCAGUUUUUCUACGUUCUGGGUUCUACGUUGUAGUUUGGAAACUGUAAAAUAUGAUGAAAAUUAAACAUGAAAAUGAUGAAACCGAAGAACACUCCUUUGAAGUCAUUGAGACUAAACCGUUAGAUGUGCAGUUCAAAAACGAUGAAAUUUCUAUAACAGAGGAGUAUUUAGUAAAGAAUGAAGGCGACAAUACUUAUGAGGUUUUGAAGCGGGAUAACAUAUUGAAAAUUAAACAAGAAAAUGAUGAAAUAGAAGAACACUCUUUUGAAAAAUCGUUUGGAGUUAUUGAACCUGAACCAUUUGAUGUGCAGUUCAUAAAGAAUGAAAUUUCUACAACGGAGGAGUAUUUGGUUAAGAUUGAAUUCGAUAAUACUUAUGAUAAUAGUUUUCCGUGUAAUGAAACCGAUACCUCAAAAAUUACAAACACCAUGAGUUGCAAUAGUAUUGAAACUAAUAAAAAAACAUCACAACAAAAUAUAGACAAAAUAGGCCAGUUCGACUGCAGUAAAUGUCAAAGGAGAUUUGCAACCAAAAUUAAUAUAACCCGACAUAUUGCAAAAUCGCAUUCCAAUAAUUCAAAGUUAAAGAAAGUGCCUAAAAAAAAUAAAGUCAAUCGCCGAAACAGCAGCAUCAAAGGUUAUACUCAAAACAAAGAUUGCCUAAUUAAUUGUGGUAUUUGUUUAAAAAGUUUUUCAUUCAAAUCAACCCUUAGAAGACAUUGUCGUAUUCAUACGGACGAAGAACGCUUUAAAUGCGAUGUCUGUGAGAAAACAUUUAGUCACCAGGCUUCCUUCAGAGCUCAUGAAAGAAGACAUACCGGAGAGAAACCCUUUGAAUGCAAUAUCUGUGAGAAAACAUUUGGUAGACAAUAUCACCUCAAAUGUCAUGAACGCAUACAUACCGGCGAGAAACCCUUUGAAUGCAAUUUCUGUGAGAAAUCAUUCAGUCUACAACAUAAUCUCAAGAAUCAUGUACGUAUACAUACCGGUGAGAAAGGCUUUAAAUGCGAUAUCUGUGAAAAAACAUUUGGUAGACAACAUCACCUCAAAAUUCAUAAACGCAUACAUACCGGAGAGAGACCUUUUAAAUGCGAUAUCUGUGAAAAAACAUUUGGUCACCAGGCUUCCUUCAGAACUCAUGAAAGAACACAUACCGGUGAGAAGCGCUUUAAAUGCGAUGUCUGCGAAAAAACAUCCGAUAGACAAUAUGACCUCAAGCGUCAUAAACGCAUACAUAUUGGUGGGGUACGAUACAAAUGCGCAGUCUGCGGUACGUCAUAUGGUCGCCAAGAUACUCUCAAAAGUCAUCAAGCAAAAGCACACGGGUCAUAACCCUCAUAAACCGCACGUCACUCUUUGGCAGUUUUAAAAUAGGUUUUCAGUAUCUUAUAAUUUUGCAAUUUUUUUUUACUUAUGAUUUAAUUCAGAUUCAAUUUAUUUUUAUUAGUUUGAUUAUAAUUUUUUUAUUAUUACUAACGUUUAACUGAUCAUUUACAUAACUAUGACGUUUUCCAUUUAAUUUUUCGAUGGAUCACAUGAAAUGUUUAGUUUUUAUAUUUUUACAAUGUAAUUUUUAAAUUGCAUAAUUUACACAUGCAUUAUAGUAAAACAAAUUGUUGCUGUUCUUAUUUUUUAUUAUAAAAUGUUUGUAGACUUUUAUAACUACUGUUGGCUUUGGGCAAAAAUUACUUUUAAAAUAUGUAAGUUUACAAUUAAAAUUAGUGUUUAAUUUUAAAAUAUUUAUUUAUUUUUACUUAACUCUACAUUUAUGUACUUGUCCAAACGAAUAAUUAAAUAUCAAUAAAAAGUGAUUCUAACGGAUUGACACAAACUGUAAUACCUACAUUAUAGAAUGUUAAUUCGAAACAUUGUAAACAAAAAUAAUUGAUACUAAUAUGCUAUAAUUUUUUUUUUUUAUG